AUGAAGGAAACCGUAGAAUCAAAGGACCAACAGCUAACGGUGGCAUUGCGAAUCAGACCGCUGAGCGAUGUUGAGAUGGAAGAAGGAGCUGCUUUGGUGGCUCACCGAGUUGAUGACCAGAUGGUGGUUUUAAUGGACCCAUUGGAGGAUCCUGACGACAUCCUGCGAGCACAUCGUUCAAGGGAGAAGACAUACAUGUUUGAUGUGGCAUUUGAUUACUCAGCCACACAGGAGGAGGUUUAUAGGUGUACAACGAAAGGCUUAAUUGAAGGCCUCAUAUCAGGAUACAAUGCCACUGUGUUUGCUUAUGGACCCACUGGCUGUGGGAAGACCUACACUAUGUUGGGGACGGACACAGAGCCUGGCAUCUAUGUUCGCACUCUUAAUGACCUGUUUAAAGCCAUUGAAGAGACCAGUGAUGACAUGCAGUACAGCGUCUCCAUGUCCUACCUAGAGAUCUAUAAUGAGAUGAUUCGUGAUUUGCUAAAUCCCUCUUCUGGCUUCCUGGAUUUGAGGGAGGACUCAAAGGGGGAGAUCCAAGUAGCCGGAAUUACAGAGAUGUCCACCGUCAAUGCCCGUGAGAUUAUGGAGUUAUUGAUGAGGGGAAAUAAGCAGCGGACCCAGGAGCCAACAGCGGCUAAUCAGACAUCCUCACGCUCUCAUGCCGUCUUGCAGGUGGCAGUAAGGCAGCAGAGUCGCUGCAAGGAUGUUCUACAGGAAGUUCGCUUUGCUCGCCUUUUUAUGAUUGACCUGGCUGGCUCAGAACGUGCUGCACAGACACAGAACCGGGGGCAGAGGCUGAAGGAAGGAGCCCAUAUAAACAGGUCUUUGCUAGCACUGGGGAACUGUAUCAAUGCUCUGAGUGAAAAGAAUGGCAACAAAUAUGUUAACUACAGAGACAGCAAACUGACACGUCUGCUUAAGGACUCUUUAGGUGGGAACAGUCGGACUGUAAUGAUAGCUCAUAUAAGUCCUGCUUCAACGGCCUUUGAAGAGUCUCGAAACACUCUGACUUAUGCUGAUCGUGCCAAAAGUAUCCGCACACGGGUAAAGAGGAAUCUGCUAAAUGUGUCCUACCACAUUGCCCAGUACACCAGCAUCAUCUCAGACCUGCGCAGUGAAAUUCAGAGACUAAAGAAAAAGAUUGCAGAUCAGGCCAGUCAUCAGAGCAGCCCUGAAAAAACGGAUAUACGACAUGUGCAGGCGGAGGUGCAGGCGCAUUCCACCCAGCAGAGCCGAGCAGAGAUGGACGAGCUUAGGCAGCAGCUCAUCGAAGCUUUUAGACAGCAGAUGGAGAUCAGAAAGCGUCUGAUGGAGCUGGACAACACCAACAUGGAAAUCCAGAUUGACAGCUCCAAACACCUGCUCACCAUUGCAGACUGGGAACAGGAGCGCAGCAGGCAUCGCAGGAAGUGGCAGGGUGAACGGAGGAAGGAGAGCUUUAACAAAGACGAGAGUGAGAAAGAUUCAGACACUCCAGAGUCUCCUUUUGACAGUGGAGAGAAUCAGGAGGUGGCCAUGGCCAGAGAGAACCUGGUUACACUCAUGGCUGAACAAAAGAAAAUACGCAAACAAAAGGCUGGGUUGGAGCGCCUUUUGGUGGAGCUGCGUCAGAGAGCUCGGCGGAUGGAGGAGCUGCUGCCAUGCAGAGUGAGUUCAGAGGAGCAGCGGGAAGUACUGGGGCUUCUUUGUAAAGUUCAUGAGCUGGAGAUCGAAAAUGCAGCAAUGCAGUCACAUGCUCUUCUCAAGGACAACGUCAUCCGACAGAAGGAUGUAGUGGUGCAGCGCUUUGAGCAGCACAGGCAGUUGUGCCAUGAGAUUAUCCAGCAACAGCGGCAGUUUAUAGACAAUCACAGCCUGCUGGUGCCUCCACAUCUUCAGGAGCUGUAUGACAUGUACAUCAGAGAGCUGCAGGAAAGAAACCUGGACCGAGUUGUGGCUUUAGACAGGGUGACCAUUCACACUCUUAAGGAGGGUUCUCUUCCCAAGAUUGCUCUUCCCAGCAGAGGACGUGACCCUUUACAAGAGUUGGACUCAGAUCAGGAAAGUGUUCGUACAUUGGGGUCGGAAACCAGACAAGGAAGGGUCAGAGUGCGGAGACAUACUCUGCCACCCAUUCUUCCUGAGCCUGACAGUGACAGUAACCGUGUGUUCAAGAACAGCUUGCAUGCAAAACAAAUGAAAAAUUAUGUUGUGAUGACUCCUCCGCCCAUUCAUAUCAACGGACAGGGCAACCGAGAGUUGUUCCCGAGUGCACUAGAGGGAGCUCUGAGCUGCAGCCUGCUGAGCCAUAGUGUUAGCAGCCACCUGGACUCCUCUCCAGAAAGCAGUGAACAUGGAACUGAAGCUCCUCUCACACCUAAAGAGAGGCAGAAGAUUCUAAAAGGAGUGCAUAGCAUUGCUGUGAAGGCAGCACGUCGCCGCUCUAAAGUGCUGGAGACAGAUGCCCUGCGUGUCCCCCCUCCCCCUUUGCCCUUGGACCUAAAGAAAAACAAGAACAGUCUGUGUUUGACUGAGACACCAACAAAAGGACCCAUGUUGCGUCGCGGCCGGCAGCCAAGCCCCGAGCUCCGCCAUGCCACUUCUGAUGACAAUUUGUCAAGUAGUACAGGUGAGGGGCCUGUACCAAACAGCACAUGGACACGACCCAGGUACCGGCAAGCCAUGUCCAAAAACACCGGUCCACGGGAACCAGACUUUGAGGCUCGCAGACGUAAAAGGAGAUCUCGUUCCUUCGAGGUCACUGGACAAGCUCUAACCCAGGGGAAGAACACCAGCCAGCGGCUCCGACCCCUUGAUAGCACUUCUGACCACCAUUUACAUGUUAAUGGUCAACCACCUGUACCCCUUCUACGUCCUCAGCCUAGAGCUAUGGUUCAGCUUGGCAAAGCCAGACCUUCCAACAAUAACCACCAAACAGGAUCCACAGUGGAUGCUUCCUUGAUCAACCUUCCUUCCCACCUUAACAAUGUUAAGCAUGGUGCCCAAAGCCGGCAGCCUCAGCCUCUUCUCUACAUUACCAGCACAGGAGCCGGGGGUCAUCGCACUCGCAAACACUGAGGACUUACACUAUCAAUAGCAGCACUGCACUGUGAACAAUCCUUAACAGUACCCAACACCAGCACUAACUGAUUCCAGAGACUGAGCUUCUAGCUGGGAUAAAUGCACAUUUUUUUUAUCCUCUAACUGGCCAAGCUGUACGUACUCACGUGUCUACUACCAGCCAUGAUGGAAAUCUCACUUGAGCCUUGUGCUGUGUACAGAGGGACUGGGCUAAUAAUCCAGCAUGUUGCCUCUCCUGCAAUUCAUUGUGUGCUUAAAGAUUUUUUUAACA